CUGCGCAGCACCUCGUGAAGUCGAACACAUCGAAUCACACAACCCGGUCAGACGACCGCGCGAGAGGAAAGAGCGCGUGUAUCAUAUGGAUUAACAGAAACACGCUUAUGAUUUUUGUCUGAGUAAUACGCGAUUUUUACCACCGUGCACUGGAAACCGCCGCCUGAUUGGGAUUUAGAAGCAAACAACACUUCAGCACACCGACCACCUCGGUAAUACACGAGGAGGACUAUGACAUAAACGCUGAAGAGACCGUGCACACGAGCCUCAUGAACGGGUUGUGCAACCCGUAGUGCCAUCAAGCUCCUUUUUGCGUUCCUCCAACGGACUGCAGCACCUCCCUACUGGAAAAUGUCCGCAGCGCAAACGCAAAAUGAUCGGGAGCAGCGCUGGGGGUGUUUGGAAUCCCUGGGCCUCAGUCAGAAGGAGCUGGUCCUUGCAGAAGCACUGCAAAUGGAGUACGAUGCCCUUGCCCGCCACCGACAAGACAAGGGGCCAGCAAAUGCGCUACCCCCUGACACCAGCAAAUCAUCCCCCUCGAAGAGCGAACCCUCAUUGCCUAGACGUGUACCCAGCCCUUCUUGGAAUAAUUUGCAACCGGGUGUGCCAGCAUCUGAUCCCACAUUAAAUCACGACCAACCCGGGGUGUCAAACCUAUCACGUUCAGCAGGUGAGUCCCACGGCUUUAGUAAGGAGCCUCGUUACAUCCUUGAUGAAUGGGAAAAUGAUUUUGAAGGAACAUCGCAAUUACUAAUGAAAGGACUCCCGCCACUCGAUGAGCCUCCACCGGUACCGCCCAGAAAUCCCAUCCCCCAGAAUGAUUCAUUCAUUGACCGUCGAAGCUCCACACCAAGGGAUGUAAACUUGUAUACUCCUGAGGUGGACCAACCCAAGCUUUCCUAUGGAGAUGCUCUGAACUAUGAUAACUUAAAUGACUCUCUUAGCAAGCUGAAUGGUGAUUGGCCAUCACCUCGAGGUCGAAGAGUAAAUGGGGAUAAAACGGGGAAGGCGGUGGCACGAAGCAACACCCUUCCUCCUCAGGUUCCCCCUCGAACCUAUGUUGCAUCUCAGAAGAGCACUAGAAGCCAGCGCAGAGUAUCAAUUGAUCCGGCAUCUUUUGGGCCCAGGUCUAAUGGCUUUGGAUAUGAACUCUUUCAGGUGUCUGAAGAGAGGGAUGAGGAAGUAGCUGCUUUCUGUCAUGUACUAGAUGUGCUACGAUCGGCGUACCCGUGUAACGACAGCUCUAAAAAUGCAGGCUUUGUGUGGAGCCCAUGCGUGACGCCGGAGGAGCUGCAACAGGGACUGGGGGUCAGCAUCAAGGUCACGGUUUACAGUGCCCACUUCAGAGAACCAAUCACUUUCUCCUGUGAUGGGUCCUCAACCAUCGACCUGCUGAUCUAUCAGACUCUGUGCUACACCCAUGAGGAUCUGGAUCUGAUUGAUGUAGAUGACUACCUACUGAAACUCUGUGGCCAGGCCGAGUAUCUCAAAAACAAUCAAACUCUGGCAAGCUUCGAGUACAUUCAACAAUGUCUGAAAUUUGACUGGGACAUCAGACUCAUCCUCACCAAAAGAAGUUCUGUCAAUAUGGAGCUCGCUCGAACGACAGAAGAUGAUGAGACUUCAUCCACCAUGAAUCACAAUAUUCUGCUGCAAGAAAGACCAGUGAAACAAACUGUGACCAAGGAAGCACUGACAUUACUUCUAGAUACCUUUCAUAAUGAGGCGGAGUCUUUUGUUCUGUCUGAGAUCGAGUUGUCGUUGCAUGUGGAGCGGUUAGUGCAGUCUGUGAAAGCCCUGUGUAGUUCACUAGCAGCUGUCGAGACGCCUGACAUCACUGCUGCCCUAAACCAGCUGCCAGCCUGCCCCUGUAGACUACAGCCUAAAGUGCAGAAGGAUGUCAGUGUUUUGGCAAAGAAAGAAAACCGAGCGAAAAUCGUAGAGAAGUUGACUGCAGCCAUCUUGGAUCUCGUGGAGCUGUACUGUAGCACUUUCAAUGCUAAUUUCCACACAAUGCCACACAACAGCAGAACCACAACACCCAUACAGGAAGCUGGAAUGGUCACCAACGUUCUGUCUUUUAACGUGUAUGCAGCUCAUCGAGUUCCCAUCACGUGGGCUGCCAGCUAUGAAAAUUUCUUCCUGUCCUGUUCACUCACCCAUGGAGAGGUGGAGCUUUGUGCACCCCAGCAUACCAGUAAACAGUCGGUCAGCAAAUAUCUCUUCCACCUGGUGGUGUGGGACCAAAGAGUUUGCUUCCCCGUCCAGAUCAACCAGUUGCCUAGGGAGUCGCAGUUGACUGUGAUGCUCUACGCCACCCCUUUACCACCCCCUGGAGGGGCGGAGGAAAAGAGCAAACAAAAACGCAAUAUGGAAGCUCUGGGUUGGGUCACCAUGCCAUUAUUCAACUUCAGACAUGUUUUGACAUGUGGGAGGAAGCUGCUGGGUCUUUGGCCUUCAACUCCAGGCAGUGGAAACGCUCGAUCCAGCAUGCCCAACUUCAGCCAGCCAGACAGCGUCAUCCUCCAGGUGGAUUUUCCCACUUCUUCAUUUGAAGUACACUUCAGCACCCCCCCUGCCGCCGAGUUCAGUCCCCAGUAUGACUUAACCCGUCUGGACCAGGUCACCCAGCAGCAACUCUACGACGUCUUGCACAAAAAGUCACUUUUCUGGUUGUCUCCGGAGGAUCGUCGCCUGCUGUGGGAGAAGCGUCAUUUCUGCCAUGUGGAAGCCAGUCGAUUGCCGUUGGUCCUGGCCAGUGCACCCAGCUGGGAGUGGGCGUGUCUGCCCGACAUCUAUGCCCUGCUUCGCCAGUGGGGAUGCAUGAACCACCUGGACGCCCUAGGCCUGCUGAAUGCCACGUUUCCGGAUCAGGAGUGCAGGCACACAGCUGUGCAGUGGAUGGACUCCAUCUCUGAUCCUGAGCUUUUGGAUUUCCUCCCUCAGUUAGUGCAGGCUCUGAAGUAUGAGUGUUAUUUGGACAGUCACCUCGUGCGGUUUCUUCUGAGAAGAGCAGUGGGGGAUAUUCGAGUGGCUCACUACCUCUUCUGGUUGCUAAAAGAUGCUCUUCAGGAUUCUCAGUUCAGUAUGAGGUAUCAGUAUCUGCUGGGAGCUCUGCUGUGCUGCUCUGGUCGUGGUUUAAGAGAGGAGUUUGAUCGGCAGGGUUGGCUGGUCACCAUAUUGGCUGAAGUGGCCCAUCAUGUCAGAGAAGCAUCACCUUCAUCCAGACAGGCUAUUCUCCGUGAGGGACUGGAUAAAGUCAAACAGUUCUUCACUGUGAACAGCAACUGCCGACUUCCCCUCAACCCGGGCCUUCUUGUCAAGGGCAUCAACAUAAGGUCUUGUUCCUACUUUAACUCUAAUGCGGUUCCUCUGAAGCUCUCAUUUCUAAAUGAGGAUCCUCUGGGAGACAACAUCAACGUCAUCUUUAAGUCGGGCGAUGACCUCCGGCAGGACAUGCUGACCCUGCAGGUCAUACGGAUCAUGAACAAAAUCUGGAUCCAGGAGGGGCUGGAUAUGAGGAUGGUCAUCUUCCGCUGCUUCUCUACUGGACGGGCGAAAGGCAUGGUAGAGAUGAUUCCCAGUGCAGAAACCCUCAGGAAGAUCCAGGUUGAGCAUGGAGUAACUGGUUCCUUUAAAGACCGUCCGUUGGCAGAUUGGCUACAGAAACACAACCCCACCGAAGAGGAAUAUGAAAAGGCUGUGGAAAACUUCAUCUACUCCUGUGCUGGCUGUUGCGUGGCUACUUACAUUCUCGGCAUCUGCGACCGCCACAAUGACAACAUCAUGCUGAAGACAAGUGGACACAUGUUCCACAUCGACUUCGGCAAGUUCCUGGGGCACGCGCAGAUGUUUGGCAACAUCAAACGGGACCGGGCGCCUUUCGUGUUUACCUCUGACAUGGCUUACGUCAUCAACGGAGGUGACAAGACAUCCAGCCGUUUUCAUGAUUUUGUAGACUUGUGUUGUGAAGCCUAUAAUCUCAUCAGGAAACAUGCACAUCUGUUUCUUAAUCUUCUCGGUCUGAUGUUGUCCAGUGGGAUACCAGAGCUGUCAGAUGUAGAUGAUUUGAAAUACGUUUAUGAUGCUCUGCGACCGCACGAGUCUGAGGCAGAUGCAACCAUGCACUUCACCAGGCUUAUCGAGUCCAGUCUUGGCAGUGUGGCCACUAAGCUGAACUUUUUCAUCCAUAACCUGGCCCAGAUGAAAUUUGCAUCCUCUGAGGAACGCCCUGUUCUCUCAUUUGCUCCACGUGUCUACACUCUGAAAAGCGAUGGCAUGAUUCGUGGUCUGUUUGUAUGCAAACACAUUAAAAUCUGCACCCCGAGCAAGGGUUAUUCUUAUGUUGUGAAAGUAGAGCGGGAUGGUCAACAGGGAACGACUUUAGUUCAGAGGACCUUUGAAGAGUUUCAGGAACUUCACAGUAAACUGCAGCUUAUCUUCCCUUCCUCAAAACUACCCAGCUUCCCCAGCCGCUUUAUGAUUGGUCGAUCUCGAGGGGAGGCCCAGGCAGACAGGAGGAAGGAGCAGCUUAAUGGAUAUGUUUGGCAUUUGAUCCAUGCUUCUCCUGAUGUGGCACAGUGUGAUCUGAUCUACACUUUCUUUCACCCUCUACCAAGAGAUGAGCGAGCAGGAAGUGUGGGAACUGUCAUCAAUGCCCUUCAAAAUAAACCAGCAGAUAUGUCUUGGGCUCCUGUGCCUGGGAAAGUGGCAGGUGAAGUGAAGCUUUCAAUUUUAUACAAGAGCGAGAAGCUUUUUAUCAUGGUGAUACACAUCAGAGGCUUGCAAACUUUGCAGGACGGAACCGACCCUGAUCCAUACGUCAAAUUGUACCUCCUCCCCGACCCUCAGAAAACUAGCAAGAGGAAGACCAAGGCAGCUCGGCGUACAUGCAACCCCACUUACAAUGAGAUGCUGGUGUAUGAUAGGAUACCACGUGGUGACUUGCAGCAGAGAACCAUUCACUUGCGUGUACUGAGUGAAGGGGCAUUCUGGGAAAAUACUCUUUUGGGAGAAACCAUCAUCCAGUUGAAAGACAUUUCACCAGGCCAUCGCCAGGUGGAUUGGCACCAGCUGAGCUCUAGAGUCUCUGACAUAAACCGCUAACAGAGAAUACACUAAACUGACAUGUACCUGUGUGGACACAUGAACAUUUUCAUUCGUGUCCAUAGGGGUGCAUGUGUUCACGUCUGUCUUUGCUUAUGGGUCGGGGAGUUGAAGAUGCCCAGCUGCUCAGAAGGCCAUUUCCUCCAGUGGGGGUGUGUGUUUUUGAUUCUCCUACCCAGGAGACGUGUAGAUUUUGUGAUGAAGUGUCAUCACUAGAUACUGUUCUGGUGGGAUUUCAUGCAACAAGUAAACUCGACCUUGGGUUAUGGUUCUUGGUAACACAAUGGGACAAAAUCCAAGGAUUGGCUAUGAUUGUACAAGAUUUUUGUGGGGUGGGGAUUUCUGAAAAUAUGUUUGAAGUCUUGCUGUCCAUGUCCAUGAAACUUUGAAACCCCAAUUUUGUCAUUGAGAAUUCAAAUGGAAAUUUAAAUUAUUUUCUUCUUAUGAUGAUUCUCUAUUGCAGCUCAGUUUUGAGUUAUGUUGUGUCUUGUGACAUUGAUUAUAUUUGUUUGUAUUGAAUUUACUUAGUAAUUAAUAGUGAGGGACUGCUUACAUACUGUAAAAUGUUGGGUAAGUUCACAUUGCCUGUGGCAAACACCCAAUCACAUGAACAGGGAACAACAUGUAGUAAUCGUUGGUUUGAAAAACAAAUGUAAAAUUUUGAAAUGUCUGAUUCAACUUGCUCAAACCAACUACAAAAGAAAAUUAUACAAACGGAAUAAAGUGAAUGUAGUUCUAAUGUAAAUAGGAACAAACCCAUGAAGUGCAUGUACAGUGUAUUGAACACAAGACACAAACCAUUAACAAUAUGGAUCGAUUUAUUUUGUUUGAUUCUUUUUGUUUCUUUAAAAUAUAAUGGCACACACCUUUAUUUACUGAAAAGGUUUUCAAAGGGAUUGACCUUAGGGUCAAUGAAUUGCCUUGCUGGUAUACAAGCAUAAUCGACAUGAAAAUUUCUGUUUGAAAAUAGUUGAUUUGCAUGCUGUGAAAUUUACUACUGGAUAAAUAUUGCUUUUUUUGCAUUUGUUUGUCAAGUACAUUGACCUUAUGUUUUUCCAAGUUUUAUUGGUUAAUUUAACUUUUUGGUUGCACAUAAAAGAAGUGAAAUGAAGGCUUUCGACUGUAACUUAGUCAGUGUUUCCAUUCCUCCUUUUAAUGUAAAAUAGCAUGUAAAUUUUAUGCUAAAUCUACCACAGCAACCCUGCCUAAAGAUGUUGAAUUAUGUUUUGAAAUUUUUUUGCACCUAGUUUAGUUUUCUGAAGAAAUAUCUGAAAGUAGGGUUUAUUUGAAAAGAAAAUUAAGUGAAGUGAUUGAAAAUUUGUAUAGAACACCACAAUUGUCCAAUUGAACUAAGUGGCAAUGUUUGUGUAAGUAAUAGAAAUGAAUUGGCUGUUUUGGCUUUGAAAUGUGCAUACGUUUUUUUUUUUAUUGUUUAUUGAAUUUACAUCUUUACGUUAUCUACAAAUUGAAAAUGCUGCCCUGUAUGUCAAGGUGCUUUAACAAUCCAGUAGCCUUAAAUAAGAAAACGUUAAAAUAAUCAUCCAUGUCAAAGUAUUAUAUAGCUCUUUCUAACCAGACAAACCAGCUCCAUCAUGUCAGACAUGUUUACGUUUUUAAGAACUUAUGGGAACUUUUUGAUUUUUGUGGUAAAUGACUGUAUCAUUGCAUGUCAACCCAUAAUGAAAAAAUGAACUUUGGAAAUGGUAUGUUCUUGUUGUGAAUGUGUAGAAGAGUGAGUUUAAAGGCAUAGCAUUUUUUAACAUUGUGCCUCUUAUUUUAAUAUGAAGAAGAAUAUGUGACUGAAACCAAUAGGAUUAAUGCUGGGAAUAUAAUUUUGAUGCAAGUUAUGGAAUAUGGUUAUAAAUGGGCUUUCAUUAAAAUUGUGUUUCUUCUAAUUUCAAAUCAUGUUUUUUUUCUUAAGUUUAUUUGCACUUAAUAAAUGCACAAGGAAACUAC